AUGUCUGGUUCACAUUAUAGAGAUCUAUUACGAAAUGAAGUAAAUGCCCAUGACACCACCAGCAAUGAACGCAAGAGGAGGAGAAGAAAUGUAAAGGAAUCAUCCACUUCACCAAUAGUAAUCUCCGAUAGCAAUGAUCAAGAUGUAAUAGAGAUCGAAGAGGAUGAAUUGGCUAAAGAAAGCGACGUACUACAUAGUGACAGUAGUGAUAGCGAUAGUGAUGACUUCGAAGAUGUUGCUAUACAUAGCUUUAAUUUGAACCCGAUGUCGAUGGCCGAUAAGAAUGAUGAUUCCAUCACUGUAUCAAUCGGUGAUAAGGGAUUGAAUGAUGAUGAAAAUCCAAAUAAUAGCAAUAAGCGUAGAACUAAUAUUAUAAGUAAAGAGGAACGUAAAUUUAGAGUACUAUAUCACCAGUCGUACUUGUUAUGUAUGAUUGUACAUGGCUCAAUACGUAAUAAGUGGUGCAACGAUCUUAAACUUCAACAGGGAUUGGAGAAGAAGAUUAUGUCCCCUGAAAUAUUGGAGCUUCUACAACAAAGGACUGUGGAAAACAGAGAGGUGCUAGAUAUUGUGAAAUCAAGAAGAUUUUUAGAUGGCCUCAAGAGACUAAUGUUAAUAUACUCGAAGAAAUUUAGAGUAUCAUCAAAGGGUAUUAUACGAAGAAACUGGAAUGAGCUCAAACUUCUACGCCCCAAUUCUGAAAGAGAUAUAACAAAGGAAAAGUUUAGUAGAUUGAUUUCAAGCUUCAGAGGAUCUCGAGACAUUGGAGCCCAAGGAUUUGUUGCUUUGCUAAGAUCAAUUAGAGUGAAAACAAGACUAGUAUUUUCGGUUCAACCUCCAGAUUUUACAUCUACUGUGGAGUAUCCAAAAAUAGAAGAAGAUUCCAAGCCUAAAAUCGAAGAAAAGAAGCCAGCUGUAAAUAAACUUCUUAGUAAGUUUGGAGGAAUAGAUGGAGGAGCAGGAGGAGCUGGAAAUAGCAAGCGAAAGUUUCUAGGUACCUUAAGAGAUGCUGUAACUACUUCAAUAUCGCAAACGACUUCAAAUACGAGCUCAUCUUCCUCGAAUUCAACUUUAGAAGACUCUCAAUAUCCAGUAUUUUGGGUAGAAGUGUGGAAUAAAUAUUCCAAAAAGUGGGUAAGUAUAGAUCCAAUAUGCUUGAAAAUCAUCGAAAAUGUGCCAAUGAGAAGGAAGUCUGCCUUUGAACCACCUUCAACUGAUACCAGGAAUCAAUUGACCUAUGUUUUUGCUUACAACAGAUUUGGCGGUGUCAAAGAUGUGACCAGAAGAUACAGUCAGUACUACAAUGCCAAAACAUGUAAAAAAAGAAUACCCUUUCGAGUAGAUAGUUCUUGGUACGAAAGGUUGAUUAGAGCUGUCAAUUCGACCAACCAUAUACAAAAGGUGAAUAAAAUAGAUGUUUUGGAGAUGAAAGAAUUUCACGACAGAGACUUGGCUGAAGGGAUGCCAAACAAUCUAUCAGACUUCAAAAAUCACCCUUUAUUCGCAUUGGAAAGCCAACUUCGUCAGAACGAAGUGAUUUAUCCCAUGGAUAAGUCGAGCCAAUGUGGAAUGUUCAGAAAUAAAACCAAGAGCAAAACGAAAGAAGUAGUGAUCCCCAUCUUCAAGAGAUCUAAUGUCUACUUGCUUAGGUCGGCUAGAGCAUGGUACAUGAGAGGUAGGACUUUAAAAGUCGGUGCCAAUCCUUUGAAAGUUAAAACAAAAGUGAAGCAGCAAAGAGCUUUGGAAUCAUCUUCUAACCAAUAUGGGCUAGAUGAUUAUGAUGACGACAUUGAUGAAGAUGAUGAUACAGUACGUUUGUACGCCGAAUUCCAAACCAUUCUAUAUAUACCACCUCCUAUUUUAGAUGGGAAAAUACCUAAGAAUGCAUAUGGUAAUAUUGAUAUAUACACUCCGACCAUGGUUCCAGAAAAUGGUUACUUGAUUAGAACGGAUGGAGCAUAUACCAUGAAGAUGGCUGAAAGAGCUGCAAAGUACAUACUCGAAAUUGACUACGCCAGAGCUGUAGUGGGCUUCGAUUUUGGAGGCGACAAUGGCAAAAAGAAGGCUUUCAGGAGGAUCCCAACUACUAAGGAAGGAGGAAUUAUAAUAGAUAUUCAAUACAAAGAGGCAAUGAUUUUAGUGUUGAAUAGCUUAGUCGAGGAAGCAGAAGAAGCAAAAAGAGACCUCAUUGAUAGAAAUUCCUUGCAGAAUUGGAAGUUCUUUUUGACUAAAUUGAGGAUAUCACAUAGGCUUGAUGUUGAGCAUGGCCAAGUUGGUUCCAAAAAGAAAAAAGGAUCUAAAUAUAAAAUUCAAAAGGAUGAAUAUGAUUCCGAUGCAAAUUCAAGCGAGUUCAGUGUUCAUAGCGAUGACUCUGGGUCUAGCAAUAUCUCAGAAGAGGACGAAGAAAUUAACAGAGGAGGUUUUGUUGUGGACGACUAUAAAGAAGAUCAUAGCACAAAUGAAAACCGUGGAGGCUUCCUUGUAGAGGAGGAUGCACAUAUUUACGAAGGUGAUGACGACUCCGAAAAUGGUUCAAGAAACAGAAGGUCUCCACAAAAUGAGUACAACGCAUAUUCUGCGGAAGAAGAACUCAUGGAAGAUGGAGGAUUUAUUGUUGAUCCCAACCCCACAAGAGACCAUAAUAUUGAUAUAGGUGAGGGAGGAUUUACAGUUGUAACCGAAAACAAGAAUUAUCCAGAUAAUGAGAUGGGAGGAGGAUUUAUUAUCAAAGGCAACGAUAACAGUGAAUCUGAAGAGGAAGUAGGAGGAGGAUUUAUUAUCGAAGACAACGAGAACAGUAAAUCUGAAAACGAAGUAGGUGGUGGAGGAUCCAUAGUGAAUGAAAAACGUGAGAAAGAUAAUGGAUACGAAAAAGAAGCAAUUGGUGCAAACGUUCCAGAGCAUACAUCACGAGGAUCUGAUGUUGAAGAACAAUCAAGAGGCCAAUUGCGCAAUUAUGAAGAAUCUGAUAGUGAAUUCUUGGACUCUGUACCCGAUACAUACUUCAGGGAAAAUGAAAGAGGGGAACUUGUUUAUGAUCCUGCUGACAUUAUAGAGAAAAAUAGGAAGGUUGAGUCUAUACCCAUAGAAGUCCCAGAGAAGAAAUUAGAAGAGCGAGCGCAAUUUGAACCGGUGGGUGCAAAAAAUGAGGAUGUGGCGAAAUCAGCUCAAAGCACGCCAACCGCUUCGGAUAAUGAGAAGUAUGUAAGUGAUGUGGAUGAAGAUCAAGAAUUGGAUCCCAUUGAAGCAAAUGAGGUGGAAGAUGUCGUAGCUGUCCAUGACGAGUUUGGCUUUGAAUACGAAAGUGACUAA